GACUGUACCGAUGUUAAAGGAAAGUUGGCCCGCAAACUGAGCUGUUACAUUUUAACGGGGAUAUAAGUAUAAGAACUAAGAGACGGGGAGUUGUCCAUCUAGUAAGAAAUAUCGCACCACACCCAGUGCAACGUUUUCUAAAGAUGACCAUUCGCCUCAUAAUUAUCCUAUUAGUCUGUGCCGCUGGCUGCAUCUUGGCACAGUUUCCAGAUGGAGAUUUAACACACAAAGGAACUAGUUCACCAAGACGAUUUAAGCCACAUACACCUCGCGUCACACCCACUGCACAAUCAGUUUUCGCCAAUCAAAAAUUCAGACGCCCUAUACCUAUAAAAGCUCGGCCAGUACAGUCGUCGGAUAUCGCACCAGAAGUGCCAGUAUUUACUCCAGGAGCUGGUGGACGGAAUCUCCGACCUCAAGCUCCACAUGCAUCCAAACAAACUCUCAAUACUGAUAGUGAAGAAAACAGUUCGUCCUUACAGACAAAUUCUGAAAUAAAACCUGUUAAUGAAGAAAAUGAAAAAGAUGAAGACAUCGUUCAAGUGCUAUCUCACUCAGGAGCUGUUUCAAGCUUCCAUCCCACAUCCAGUAACCUUGUGACACCUGCGCCACAACCAAUUCCUGUUCAAUAUCGUCCUUUACCAACUGUUUCCGUAACGAAACCAACUUUACUUCCUGAUCAAAAUAUUCUUCCAGUCCAAUAUCGUCCACAUAAGGGAAAGUCUCACAAACAAAUUGAUGACAUUUCAGAUGGGCGAUCUGCGUAUGAUCAAACUACAAUUCAUUUUAGAUCGAAACCAACGAAACAACAAAAAUUAACAGAAGACAUUCAAGACAGUCAAUCUUUAUACGAUCAAGGAUCGAUUCAGUAUAGAACGAAAACAUCUAAACCUCACAAAUCGAGUGAAGAGAUUCCAGAGAGUCGAUCUGAUUUUGAUCAAAUUUCUCUUCAAUACAGAUCAAAACCAUUAAAACAACAUAAGUAUAUUGAUCAGGAUUCCCGAUCUUACAAUAAGCCAAGGCAGCCACCUAAAAAAUUAACAGCAGAGACGGACUACUAUACGACGCGACCAAAGAAACCAGUAGCACAGGUGAUUAGACGAUAUCGAGAAGAAACUGAUGAUGGUUCCAUUGUUUGGGGAUUUGAAAAUGAUGAUGGAUCUUAUAAGGAAGAAGUCAUUGGAAUCGAUUGUAUAACACGAGGAAAAUAUGGAUAUGUUGAUCCAGAUGGUAUUCGACGUGAAUACACAUAUGAAACUGGAAUUAAAUGUGAUGAAGAGGAGCAACAAGAAGACAUUUUAAACACUUUUGUAGACUACCAAGAGAACAAACUAGUAUUACCUAGUGGCAAAACUAUUGAUUUGUCCAGCAUGGGCAAAAAACAAGCCCGCCGUCCACAAUUUACUUACAGAAAUUAAAUUUUAAUUACUAUUAUGAUGUUUUAUUUAGUUAGGACCCUAUUGUAAAUUCCCGUAUGAGAUCCCGUAUAAGAUCACUUAUGGUUUCUCAUAUGAGAUACUACAUGAGAUCUUACGAGAAUCCUAUAUGGAAACUCAUGAGAAAAAUCUAAUGAGUAUCCAUAUAGAAUUCUAUAUGAGAUCUCACAUAGGAUCCCACAUGGGAAUAUGUAGUAGUUAUUUUUUUAAAAAAGUAUGAGACAUAUUUUAGGUUUUAAACAUAAAAUAUUGUUGCUUUAUAUAAAAUGAACUCAAAAUUUUGUCCGAUUUUGCGUAUCUCUCACCGUUUUUGAGAUAUUCACAAAUUUUUUUUCAAAUUUCGACCCCAUAUGGAAUCCUGUAUGGACACUGAUGAGAUUCUUCUUACGAGAUGUCCAUAUAAGAUUUCGUAUAGAAUCUUGUAUAAGAAACCAUAAGCGAUCUUAUAAAAGAUCUCAUAUGGGAAUUAACAGUAUGGAAGCGAUUUGUACAUUAUUAUUUCUUAUGUAAUUUAAUAUCUUCCAUUAUACAUCUUAUUUAAAAUUUAUUUUUAUUAUUAAACAAUAAUAAAAUAAUUAAUUUUUGAAAA